UGAUAAACAAUUAUUUCUUGUUUUUAGGGUUUGUGUAUAAAAUAGCUGAUUUGGAUUGAUUAGCUCAAUUGGUUUCAAUUGGUUUGUUUUGGUUUUAAUAAUAAAUUUAAUAUUAUUAAAUAAUGAAUAAGUUUUGUGUUAAAGAGAUUGUUUUUCAAGGAAUAUCUGGUUUGAAUUCUGGUGAUAGAAAUCAAUUUGAUGUUUUAUUGGCGGCACUUCUCAACAAAAAUAUAUCUAACGAUAUCAUUAAAGAAUACAUAGUUGAAUUUAGAAAGAUGGUAUCAUAUAUUAAUAAAGAUCACGAAACUUUGAUAGGUGUUCUUUUAAAAUUAGAUUGGAAUCUUUAUGACAGCGAAUUCGCUUGUUUAUUUUCAAGUUUUUUGACAGAAUUAGUAUCUGCAAAGCCUUACUAUUUAAAAUCUUGUGUUAAACGUUUAAUUCAACAAUUGGUUCCAAAAACAGAAGUUUUUGAUGCAGAGUUUGAACACCUUAAAAUUACUUUUGAUUAUGCACAUGCUGCUCUAAAAGCUAUUUCAAUUCUUGCUCCAAUAUCUUUGAAGUACAUCAGUGAAAUAUUUACAAGUAAUUUUCCAUACAUUGAGAAGAGUUUAUUUGUUAUUAAGUAUUAUAUUUUGAAUGCUUUGCAAUUGACUCUAUAUAUGAAGGAAACAAGAUUAUCCAUACUAUCCCUCAUCAUUGAAAAAAUGUUGUCUAUAGAUGUCAGAAUACCGAGAGCAUCACUGGAAAAUCAAGGUGAAGAUAUAUUACAAUUUGAAGAUGAUGACUUGAAAUCUUCAAAUGAACACAACAAUGAUAGAGUUUUAAAGUUGGAUAAGUUAAUGAUGAUUUUAUUCACAUUUAUUCAAUCAUCUUGUUUGAAUGAUGGAGUAUUAGUUUUUGAUACAGCAAAUGAACUCUCAAAAGAUUUAUUGCUUGUUUUUGAAAAUGUUAUUUUAAAAACACAGCAGAGCUCACAUGUACAGUUUAUUAUUUUUUAUUUUGCUAGUCUAAACAAGCAUUUUUAUGAAGAGUUUUUAGACUGCUGUUGGACAAUUUUGAAAAACCCAAAUAAGGCAGUAAUAAUCAGACAAGCUUCUGUUAGCUACAUUGCAAGUUUUCUAGCUAGAGCAAAAUUUGUUGAUCAAAAGGUAAUAAGAGAACAAAUGAAAAAGCUAAGUGAUUGGAUUCUUCGGUAUAUAGAGCAUCAAGAUAGCAAUCAUGCUGUUGCUGAAAUUAAAAAACAUGGUGCAUUUUAUAGUGCAUGUCAAGCAUUGUUUUACGUUUUUAUAUAUAACUAUAAAACAAUAUUUGAAACAUCAAAUGGUAUAGAAUUUGCAAAAUCAUUAAAUUUUAGUCGAAUUAUUUUCUCUAGACUUAACCCAUUGAAAUUUUGUAUGGAAACAGUUGUAAGUUAUUUUGCUAGAAUAACUCGACUUUAUGAAGUUGUUUUUUGCUACAGUAUAAUUGAGCGAAAUAACAGAAAUUCUUUAGCCAGUUUUUCUUUUGGAAAUAACAAUAUUUCUUCAGAUAAUCAGUUGGAAAUGUUUUUUCCAUUUGAUCCUUAUUUGCUCCCAAAAUCAGUUUGCUAUAUAGAGCCAAUAUAUUUGGAAUGGAGCGGAAGAACACAAAACAGUAGCAAUGAUGAAGAUGAUUAUGAAGAUAUUGAAACAGAGGCAUCUGAUGGAAAUAAAGAAAAAUGUCUGAUAUCAAGUAGUUUUGACAUGAUGUGUAUAUCGCCAGGGUUUCAAGUUAAUAAUCAUUGAAAAAAUUUAUUUUUUAA